AUGGUCCUCAAGUUCACCACUAAACCUAAUGCACCACACAUGCUAGACCGGAGCUUUCGCGUCCUGCCUAGCUACUCAGUCCUCACUUGCUCCUUGCGCACCCUUCCUGUUGGCAGAGUGGAGAGACUGUAUGGCCUUGGCCCUGUCUGCAACUUCUUGACCAAGAACGAAGUUGCUGUCUCUCUUUCCACCCUCAUGCUGGAAGAUGGAAUUCCAUUCAACAAGACCAGUGGUGGUAUGACCGCACAGAUUCUAAACUCAACAAUUUUCAAUAAGGGGAUGUUUGAUCACUCUACCUUUGCCAUGAAGAAGAUUCUUGAGAUAUAUGGUGGCUUUCAGGGACUAAAAACACUGGUGGAUGUCGGCGGUGGUACAGGAGCCACGUUUAGAAUGAUCGUCUCCAAGUACCCCACCAUAAAGUGCAUUAACUUCGAUUUGCCACACGUCAUUGAGAACGCUCCUACCUAUCCUGGUGUGGAGCAUGUUAGUGGAUACAUGUUUGCAAGUGUUCCAAAAAGAGACGCCAUUUUCAUGAAAUGGGUAUUAUACGUCAAUUGGAGCGACGAUCAUUGCUCUAAGUUUCUGAACAAGUGCUAUGAGGAUGUGCCAGACAAUGGGAAAAUGAUUGUUGCCGAUAGUAUUCUUUCGGAUUACACAGAUCCUAGCCUUGCCACAAAGGUAGUUGGACUUUUCGAUUGCACCUUGUGGGCUACCAACCACUGUCGGAAAGAGAGGACUGAAAAGGAAUUUGAGGCCUUGGCAACAAGAUUUGAACCAUGA